AUGUCUUCUCACAAACCAAAGAAAAUACAGUUGCGACUGGAUGACGUGAAGUACCUACACUCGCACGCCGUGGCAGCUGGCCACAGACACACGGAUGCCAAAGUGCCUGAUUCCGACUAUGUCCUCAACAGACAGGUCAAGAACCUGGUGGAUGAGUUCAUCAAUGAGACCUUUGAAAAUGCUCGGAGGUCGAUGGUUAUAGCCGAGGACAGUGCAAAACAGCAGAAGGGUUUGGCUGAUCUGAUGAGCGAGUCAGACACGCGAGUUGAGCCAAUCGACUUUGCGCUCGAGAAGAGGAUGCGCGAGAUGUAUUCCAGCGUGGAGGAACAGGUGCUAAAGGUGACAAAAUUACGAAAAACGAUGCCAAGCGAGAUUGCAGCACGAGGCCAGGAACAGCUGCGGCGCGUUGACGAGCUACAGCAGCAAGCUAAUGAUGAUAUGGGCAUUAAAAUAUCGGCCGAAGAGGCAUUAGACGAAGACUCUGCUGAAAAAGUCAUACCAAACGCUUCGGAAUGGAAAUCUGCGUUUGAAGAAGCACUGAACAACCUGGAGAAGCUGAAGAAAGAGGCCCCGGAAGUAGCUUCGAAGAUGAACAAGUUGGAAAAGAUUGUGGAGGUGAUCGAGGCAAGAAAGUGA